AUGGUUUUGUUAGGUACUUUAGCCAAUACGACCAACCUAACUUGCUACCAAUGUGAAAAACACAAUGAACAAGAAUGCGACCCAAAAGAUCUGAAGCCAUGUGCAGCUUCAUUUGAUAGAUGUGCCAUACAGUUCACAAAGAAUGCCCAACAAGGUCUGUUCAUAAAACGGACAUGCGGCCUAGGUCCGUGCGGAUUUGACGACGACAUGAUGACAAAGGGACUUGGAAUGGAAUGUGAUAGAAGCAAAGAUUCUUACUGGGACUCAAAGUCGGGCUUUAAUUAUUAUGCUAUAUUACAGAAAUUUAAACUAUCCAAGAUACUGUGUAAAAGACAUAUAAAGGCAACUAAGUACACAAUUGUUGGCUUAGUUGAAAGGCCGUUCAAGUUCAAAAUAAAGCAGCUUUUAAUACAUGACACUUUCUACAGAAUUGAUGACUGGAAUUUCAAGACUCUUGACGAUGUAAUUGGGCUGGAGCCUCUAUAUGUAAGGGUAGCCGUGUUGGGAUUAGAAGUAAGUAUUGAAAGUAAAAAUAACAAAAAGAAGUGGACCGAAUAUGCACCAGAUACAAUUGCCACAGCAGAUUGA